UAUGAGCUGUCAAUCAAUUAGUGAAUCGGUUUUUAAUGUCGUUUGUGUGACACAUCGGAACCAAAGAAACCCUUGUAUGCAAGGAGUGUGAAAAUCUCAAAAGACUGCGUUAAAUAUAUGUUGUGCGGCCACAAUGAACCGACUAGAUGAAAAUCCAUUUGGCGAACCGAUGCUGGACAAUCCAUUUGCGGACCCUGCGGUUCAGCAGGCAGCACGCAGCGCUGCCAAUGCCCAGAACACCUUGGAAGACUACAACCCGUUCGAAGGUGGCGAUAAGAAACCCCAAACGGAAACAUCUGUUAAUGUUGGACUUUCCGCGGCGCCUCCGUCUGUUCAAAGCGCCCCAAAUAACUUCGAACCCACAAUUACGAACUCAGGACACCAUAUAUCGACUGCCGAACUGCAGCGCAGACAAGAAGAACUUGAAAGGAAAGCUGCAGAACUUGAUCGACGAGAACAACAAUUACAAGCAAAUUCAACACGAUUAAAUAAUUGGCCACCCUUGCCGCAGGCAUGCUGUUUUCAACCAUGUUUUUAUCAAGAUAUAAAUGUCGAUAUACCUUCAGAGUUUCAACGGAUCGUUCGUAACUUGUACUAUGUUUGGAUGCUAUACACACUUACUAUGUGCGCUAACGUGAUUGGGGGUGUAAUUCUGAUGAUCCACAAAUCAGAGUUCGCUGCUUUUGGAUUAGCAGUUCUAUAUGCUUUCCUAUUCACCCCUGCUUCGUACUUAUGUUGGUUCCGUCCAGCAUACAAAGCAUUCCGUAGUGAUUCAAGCUUUAACUUUAUGGUAUUUUUCUUUGUUUUCUUCUUUCAAAUGUUGUUGACAAUUUUUCAAACAAUCGGAAUCCCAGGAUCGGGUUAUUGUGGAUUCAUAACAGCUAUAAUGCAAUUUGAUAGCACAGCGAGCGGAAUCUUCGUGGGACUAUUAAUUCUGAUAAUAGCUCUUAGUUUUGGCGCUUGUGCUGCUGGUGAUUUAAUGAUGUUAACAAAGAUACAUUCUAUAUAUAGAAGUACUGGAGCGAGCUUUGCCAAGGCUCAAGCAGAAUUCACUACUGGGUUUAUGCAAAACCGUCAUGUCCGAGAAACUGCUGCUUCGGCAUUUUCAUCAGCAAUGAAUCCUAGUAAUAAUAGAUAUUAAGAAUUAGAACGUCAAGCAGUAAUUUUAUAAUUGUUUAUGAUUAUGCUUCAGUGUAAUAAUUAUGUGGAAGAAAGAUAUCCUCAAAUAACUAUAUUAUUGUAUUUGAAUGUAUGUGUAAAAUAUAACAACUAAAACUGAUCAACCUAA